UUAAUUCGGUCUGCACUCGGCUAUUUCCGUCUCUUUGUUUUAAACUCUGAGUCGGAAUAUUGGGGGAGAGGAGAGGAAGGUGGAAAGACACAGUGUUUUGUUUUGUGGGUUUUUGUUGUUGUUUUUUGUUUGUUUUUUUUUUAAGGAGGUAGGAAAAGCAUAAAAGGGGAACUGGAAGGAAAAGGGGACGGGAAUUAACUCCCUGAAGAUAAGAUUCCUGCUCCUCCCUCUUCUCUUAGCGGCCGGGCACAGCGUUGCUCAUCUCCUCUUCCGUUGCCGUCGCUGCCAUUUGUUGACAGGUCUCUGGAUGUCAGACUGAAAAAUGCAGUUUUAAGAGAUUUGUCUUGAUUGGCUGUGACUGACUUCAAACAAGGUACCAAAGAUGAUGACUAGAAAGAUUAAGCUUUGGGACAUUAAUGCUCAUAUAACCUGUCAUUUAUGCAACGGAUACCUGAUUGAUGCCACUACUGUAACAGAAUGCUUACAUACUUUCUGUAGAAGCUGCUUGGUGAAGUAUUUGGAGGAAAACAACACCUGUCCAACUUGUCGGAUUGUUAUACACCAGAGUCAUCCAUUACAGUAUAUUGGUCAUGAUAGAACAAUGCAAGAUAUUGUUUACAAACUUGUGCCAGGCCUCCAAGAAGCGGAAAUGAAAAAGCAGAGGGAAUUCUAUCACAAACUGGGUAUGGAAGUACCAGGGGACAUCAAAGGGGAGACAUGCUCUGCAAAGCAACAUUUAGAUUCACAUCGGAAUGGUGAAACUAAACCAGAUGAAAAUUCAAAGAAAGAAUCUUCUGAAGAAAAACAGGAAGAAGAUAAUGACUAUCAUCGAAGUGAUGAACAGGUAAGCAUCUGCUUGGAAUGCAAUAGCAGCAAAUUGCGUGCAUUGAAACGAAAAUGGAUCCGCUGCUCAGCACAAGCAACAGUCUUGCAUCUAAAGAAGUUCAUUGCUAAAAAACUUAACCUUUCUUCUUUUAAUGAGCUGGAUAUAUUAUGCAAUGAAGAGAUUCUUGGCAAGGACCAUACACUCAAGUUUGUAGUUGUUACUAGAUGGAGAUUUAAGAAAGCACCUCUACUGCUACAUUACAGACCCAAAAUGGACUUGCUGUAGGAGAACUUAAUUGUUCUUCUGGACAGUUUUUUUUUUGCAGAGGCUAUAAUUUGGCACAUUAGUGCAGCACUUAACUCUCAUGUGACACAAACCAGCAGAAUCAUUUUGGAAGACUGUAGUGCUUCUAUAGCAGACUGUCCUUCUGAAUAUUUCUAGGGAUGUGCUGCAUGAAUUUUUGGACAAAAAAAAAAAAAAAAAUAUUUAUUUUUGUACAAAUGAAAUAAAACACAACUCAACAGGAUUCUACCAGCACUGAGUUUACAGGUAGUGAAAACACUUCACAGUUCUAUGGAGCUCAGCCUGAUUCAUCUAUUUGUAGUUACACAAAAACAAGUUAAAAUGGUAUGGGAGAGUUUGAAAAUGUUGGUUUUAACACAAAAUUACUAUAUUUACUUUUUUUUUUGUGUCUUUACACUUUCCAACUUGUUUCAGUAUGUUUUUCUGAGGUGUUUUUGUUUUAUGUAGUAUGCCCAAUUAGGUCCGUUUUAAUCAAGCCAUUUGAUAGAGCAUUGAACAUACCUAAUGAUACAGUGACUGGUGAUAUUUUUAUGCUGUAUUAAAAAAUUCCUAAAAUGCCUGGAGAUCCAAUUAUUUCAUUAGUUUUGCACAAUGCUUGUUCCUUAUUUUGUAUUUCAGUAAUGUUUUAAUAUCCCCCCCUUGCAUGUUCAUUUGAAAUGAGUUCACUUGAUUUUUUAAAUAUGCCUUAAUAUUUUGCCAUGGCAUAAAUUACAUCAAAUCAUGACAAAUACUCAUAAGUGCUGAACUUGUGAAAUUAUUUUAAAGCAAACAUGUCAUAUAAUCAGGGCUUGUGAAAAUAAAAUUUUACUUUAGGGAGUAUUUGCUAUUUCAUUAACUAUUAAAACUUUGGCUGUUGGGCACUUUUUGUUGAUGUUGCACAAGUUUCCAUUUCACUAGCUAAAAAUUCUUCAGUUAACUGCAAACCACUUCUGUUUCUCUUACUGUUUUCUGUAUGAAACCGCAGUUGUUUAUAACUCAAUUACUAUUGGUCUUUGAGGUCAGAUUAGAUUUAAAGGGGCACCAUCCAGCCUUAACUGAUCAUUUUGCUUGUGUCAAGCUCUGAGAUGCAAGCUCCCAAUAGCAUGUGUAUGUGUACAGACAUGCACACACCUUAGAGAAUCCACCUUCUGUAGUGCUUAGCAGUGUUGACUACACUGAUUGAAAGGCUUUUUAGUCAGCUUAAUAAAAAUGUGGUAGUAGUUAAAAGUGACUUUUGAAAGCUAUAUGCUGCAUAACAUUACAUAUAUCACGGACGUGAGUGUUUGACAUGGGGUCUUAAGUAACUGAAAAGAAGAUAAGCAGUAUUAUUGGCAACUGGAGGCUGCCAAUACUUUUAAACUCUUUGAGUUUUCCUGUCAGCUGAAAAUGGCAGUUAUAUCAAAUGCUUUAUUCUUUCAUAAAAUGUCAAUGGCUAGGACAAUCGGUAUGCCUGUUAGCACUGUCCUGCUUCUUCCAGCUGUGCUCUCCUACUUUGCAAGAAAGCAUUACUUAACAUUACUUGAUAAUAGGAGGUUGAUCCCAUAAGAGGUUUAUUCAAGUAUUCUGAAUCCUACUACCUCUUGAAUUUUCCAAGCACCACAUUGCUCUGUGCAUCUCCCAUGCUUUCCUUGAACUUUUCAGUUUUUCUUUUCCUAGUUCUGCUGUUGCCAGAGGAAAGCUUAAAGUUCACUUGUUUGUAUUUGGAAAUGGGGCCCUUGUUUUCAUUUAUGGCCAUAGAUGGUGGAUGGUGAAGAAAUUGAAAGAAAUGCAAAGAGAAAUAAAAAGUCUACUGAACUAUGGGGAUAGUCAAGAGAGUCACAGUAAGGCCAGUGGAAUACUGCUGUAUCUGCAAAUGAUGAUGUGAAACCACUACAUUUGAACACCUGGGUUAGACAGGACUUCUUUAUGUCAAGACUUAGAGCAUGUGUAUAUGAUGGAAUUAGAAGUUUCCUCUGGUUUUGCUGUACUGUUUCUGGACUCACUUAGCUACAAUUUAGCUUUUAUCUGUUUUUAGUAUUAAUAGAAGUGACAGAAGAGGACAGGUGAGAUCUAAUUAAGUCUCUAUUUUUGGUAGUUUUUCACAGAAUGGUGAACGUAGGUGAUAUGGAUGUAUAAGUAAGUUAACAUAAUAGGCCUUUCUGAAGUUCUUAAUGUGGCUAUCAUUGUAUACUUCCCUGUGUAAAUCAAGCUGGUUCCUGUUGGUGAGGCCUCCAGUGAGUGCAAAGAUGGCUAUAAACACCCAUUCUCCAUGCACCCCUAAUGCUGAAGUCCAUAGACCAUGUAAAUGCCUAAUUCAUUGUUCAGCUACAAUCUAAGGGUUUAAUAAAUAUAUUUGUGAUUGGCCUACAUCAGUAUAUGUACACUGUGUUCAGCUGUUGAUGCAGUGCUGUUAAAGUUUAUUGGGAAAGUAGUGUUUCCCUGUGUAGCUCUACAACUGAAAGAGGUUAGCAGUUACAAACAUGUACAUUCAGAAAGCUCUCUGCCAUUCAGUUCUAAAUCUUACUCUAGCAGUCUAUAGUAUAGAAUAUAUGUUUACAAAUUUGUAACUGUCUUUGGAAUCACUCAAAUUCGUUACGGUGCUAUAACAAUAUAAUUAAAUCUGUUUAUAUAGGUGUCCCGGGCGGGAUGGAUGACAGACAAUACGUAUGUGCAGUAAUCAAGAUUUAUUGCAUAUAACGUUGGGGGUUUUAAUUAUUCUGGAUGAGAGGCACAAGUACAGCAAAAAUGUAGGGAAAUUGGGAGAUAUGAACAGAAGUGCAGGUUGGAUGCAAAGGGUAUAUUAGCAGUGAAUUUUACUGCUUAUAAUUAAAUCAAACAACAAAGGUUAACCACUAAAAUGCUGGCAACUUACUUAUUAUCAAAUUCUAUACUAGGCCUAGAAUAUUAAUUAUCACCUCUAAAGGAUUCUACAGUCUUAAACUUAAUAAUGAAGAUUACUUAACGUUAAGUUUGCUAAAUAAAACAGUGAAAGAGUAAUAUUUCUCACCCUUGCCAGGCCACAGCUGAGUGUCCCUGGGUGAAUCAUAAUUCUCGAGAAUCGGUCUCUCUGGCAGGCAUCCCUGGCAGAGGGAGAAGGUCCAGCAACCUCCAGGGAAAGUGUACGGAAAUCCCCCCGAUUGAAAAUGGGACCAGGCUUUUAUAGAAUAAAGUGGAUUGACUGCUGUAAUUUAACCAUUAGCCAUACCUCCGACAUCUCUCAUUGGAGAAUAAAAGGAAAUCAGUGGGAAAAACCAUGAGGACCUUAUUCUUACCAAGCAAACUCUGUUGUUUAUCUGUUCGUUAUUACUUUAUCUCUGUUUCGGGCCUGGUUGUGGCUAGGCUGAGCUCCGUGUUCUUCAACACUGGAGAGCAGCUGGUGUUAUGAACAUCAACUUGGCCCUCUGUUUAUGCCUUUCAAGGCUGUUACCAGCACAGAGUUUGCUAGGCCUUUUCCCUUCUCAUGGGAAUCUUUCACUUCAGGCCUGGGCCUGGAAAACUGAGAGACAAAAAGCAAUUGAAUCAUAAAAGGGAACUGAGGCAGGCAUAUUGUGAGAUGGAGUGCCCUGCUACAAUAGGUAUGCAUCUGUAGCCAGUGUUAACACCUAUAGCUGGUGAUUGCUCAUAGUUGUGUGUAACUGCUUUUGUAAUGUGUUUUACCUGAUAAAACCUCAGCAGUGCUUUUAAAAACAAAACAAACAAAAAGUCCCCAACCACACCCUUAUUGUUCACAUCAUGUCACAAUAGAUAUCUUAAUUAAAAAACUAUUUCCCAUGGGGAGGGAUGGGAUGGCAUCUGCACCAUCUGGUUUUUUUCUAGCUUUAUGGAAAGACUAGACUACAACUGAAUUCAAGUCAGAGGCAAGCCUUGGGAUCAAAGUUCUGUUUUACUUCUGUGAAGCUUAAGAAACAUUUGAUUUAAUGUCGAGAUUAUAUUAACUAAAACAAUAUUUUCUCUCUUUUAUUAUUGUUAACGAAGAUAGCAUUACUGUGAAGUGAUUUUUACAGCCACUUACACUGGUAAAUAAUUGCAGUAAAAAAAGUAUAUUGUAGCAUUAUCCUCAGCAGCAAUGACACUAAAUUAUCCCAGGCUCAUAGUCUCACUAGUUAUAGUUUUCAUUAAAAAUAGGUAAUUCACAGAAAAUGUAUAAUAUUGAGUUUAAAUAAGAUUUGGGAGCUCGGAAAAAUUGCCUUUAUGAAAACUAUUUAUUAUAUUAAACAUUCUGCUUUAUUUUAGCAUUAGAGUUGUUUCAAAGGUCCAGCUUUAUUUGCAGGCAUGUAAAACUGUAAAAUGUUUUUACAGCUUCUUCCUGUUAGGUUUGAAUGUCUUUACUAUGUAUGCUAAAGAGCUUUGCUUAUUCUUUUGUGCAAUGGGUCAGAAACAUGCAUUUAAAAGGCAUGUGUUUAAACUGUAAAUGUAGUAUCUACUUCUAAAUUGAAAAGCACCAUAGAUGGGGAUUUUCAUGCAUACGUUCAGUGGGAUUUUGCUUGGCAUUUACGUUUGUGCUUUGUUGGGUUUUUUUGUAUUUUCUUAAAGAAUGAAGUUUGGAAUUUUAUGAGCUUGUAAAAUCUUUUAAGUGCAAGAACUACCCAUCAGCAAUAUUUUCAAAGGGAUGAUCGAGCAAGGAACUUUAAUAUGAAUUGUGGAAGUAAUAUGCAAAAGAUGAAGACUAUUCAAUA